AUGCCGCGCAGGCGCCGCGUCGGCGCGUUCGUGGUGGACGCGUUGCUGCACGGCUCCACCGAUCUGUUCGACAUGGGCCGCUACCUGGUCAUCGGCUGCGCCCUGGCAGCGCUGCUGCAGACCCUGAUGCCGCAGUCGGUCCUGCUGGACAUCGGCCGCGGCGGCGCCGGAUCGGUUGCGACGAUGCUCGGGCUCGGGUACCUGCUGUCGGUGUGCUCGUCGGUCGACGCGUUCCUGGCGUUGGCGUUCACCAGCACCUUCGCGCCGGCAUCGAUUCUGGCGUUCCUGGUAUUCGGGCCGAUGGUGGACGUCAAGAGCACGCUAUUGUUCAUGAGCGUCUUCCGCGCCAACGCCGUGAUCUACCUGGUCGCGAUCCCGUUGGUCACUGACGUUCACGGCAGCGAUCAUCGUGCACAAUCUGGUGCCAUGGGCGUGAGGGCCGGGCUCGACCGGUCGCGGUUGCUGGCGGCGGUGGUGCUGUACGGCAUCGUGGCGAUCCUGCUGCAGCGCCUGCUCACCGGCACGCUGGUGUACUACAUCAACCCGCGCUACGAAUGGCUCACCUGGGUGGCGGUGGCGGGGCUCGAGUCAUGGCGCUGGCGCUAA